AUGUUCCAUGACCCGGCUGUUAAUCGUGGUUCCCAGGCCCUCGUUGAUGCUCAUUCCCGUAACUGGCCUACUAAACGAAUCCUUAUGCAGGUAAGAAAACUGUCAGGUAAAUAAAGGUCGCCACUUUAGAAAUGAGAAGAAAGCUGAGCCGUGUUAAUUUUCUCAAAGAUUUUUGAGACGGCAGUACUUUUGUCUCGUCACGCAACGCUCCCAUCUGGGACGGUUACUGGGGACAGAGGAAAAAUUGACCAUUGGCUGACGGCGCGUUCCCGGAAACGAUCCUUAGGGUUUUCGCGAAAAUUAACUCCGCCUAGUUUACUCCUCGUUUCUAAACUGGUGAAUGUCUUUUUAGAUUAUACAGUCGAACUGUUAUUUCGCUGUCACCCUUACUUGGGGAAGGGAAAACUGUUAGUUCUGUUCAAAGGCAAUCCACUGCUUUCCUUAUUACAAAUAACUUCCUACUACUCUCACUUUUCAAAAUGGCGCGUGACAGGGCGUGGUACCCAGGGAGUGAACAGAAAACCAUUCUGUGCCGUUACCCAGGCACUGGUACUCGGGCACCAAGUGAGACAUUGUCAUAGUGUGAGCCUAUACCUGUAUGGAUUAAUGAAAAUGAAAUUUAUUUGUUUAUUUAUUUUAGCGUCACACGUUACGAGCUGUGCCAGUAUCUGAAGUGAAGUAUGAGUGGAAAGAGAAAAACACUCGUUUUUGGGUUUACGGCCUGGAUCACAGAGUGCACGCCCCAGACUACCCCCAACAGUGCUGUUGUGGUUGCACUAUAAUCUAG